GUUCCUGUCAGAACGCGGAUCAGAUCGGUCGCAUGAGAGUCCGCCGUGCGCGCUUGUUGUUACAAGUUCAUAGUAGGCUGUUUGUUGUUGCAACGCUCGAACUUACCUCGAAUGUCAACCGCCGCUCCGCUGUGUGUGAUUGUGCAAAUAUUUGUGUUUAGCAAAUUAAGUGGAUAUUUUUAUGCAGCUCUACUAAAUAGUGGGAUUCCAGCUGAGCCAUGCAAUUGAAAGUGGCAGCAAGUGGAUUUCUAGUAAUUACGCUAGCUUUGACGUCGAUCGGCGGUGCCAGUGAGGAUUAUCUGUCGGAAUCGGCGCAGGGUGCGCUGCGAUCGCAGCUGCAAACCGACGGGAACGCGCUGAUACCGAGCUUUCCCGAGCGGACCAAACGGCUGCUGAUCAGCACCGGUAACGGUGACAGUGAAAGUGAUUUCGAUGAAACUCGAAGAACGAACGGCGUCGGCGGCGCUUUUAGUAAAGCAGAUCGUGCACUGCUGGGAGCGCUGCGAAACGCGAUCGAUAGUUUAAAUGGAACGGGAUGCCGCCGGGAUCUGAAUCAUACCUUGGAUGCCAUCCGACGGGGGAAGGCUUGGGCCAUUGCAAUGCUGGACUCAACCGCCAAAUCCGCAGCCGGCAUCGAGUAUGGCGAUGUGUACCAAUUCGGUCAUUUCGACCAGUGCAUGGCCAUCAACGGGGAAAAUAUCCGCCCUCAGUACUGUCUGGUGGAUGUACACGCCCAAGGAUACCGGCUGCGAACCGUAGUGUCACGCAAACCGAUACCCGACAACUAUACCGUGGUUCACUGGGGCAUGUGCCUACCUGCCAGCUGUCGGGAAGCGGACGUUGUCGAGUUGAUGCGUCAAACCACCGGCUAUCGAGAGGUCACAAUGCCCCCCCACGGUUGUCAUCGAGAGCAAGCCACGGUGGUAUCGACUACUGAUAUGGUUUUCGUAACGGUGAUUCUUCUCUUCGUGGCGAUGGUCACUGUUAGUACGGUGUGUCAUUGGAAGUGCCGCUAUGUGUGCCGGGGCUCGGAUAAGGAGAGUGUUUGCGGCCAGGUGUUGAAGUCGUUUUCGAUUGUGGAGAAUUUGCGCAAACUUGGCCAGGAUAGCAAGGAUGAUCACGGGCUUGGUUGCAUCAACGGAAUUAAGGCUCUCUCGAUGGUGUUUAUUCUGGGAGGACAUGCGCUGCUGUUCAUCGUGGGUGGAGCGAUGUAUAAUCCCGGAUUCUUUGGAGAGCAAACAAAACUGCUUCGCAAUGCCUUCCUGCUGAAUUCUCCGCUUCUGGUGGACACUUUCCUGCUGCUGAGUGGAUUCCUCUUCGCCCGGUUGCUGCUCAUCGAGCUGGAUAAACGCCGCGGAAGGGUAAACUUCUUACUGCUCUACAUUUUUCGAUACAUCAGACUUACGCCAGCCUACGCAGCGAUCAUCGCCCUGUACGCCACUUGGUUACCCCGGCUCGGUAGUGGUCCCCUGUGGGAUCAACGAAUGGAACCGGAACAAGCGCGCUGUCAGGCCAGCUGGUGGCGAAAUGUAUUAUACAUCAACAACUACCUCGGUACAGAUCAAUUGUGUAUGUUCCAGUCCUGGUAUCUGGCGGCUGAUACACAACUUUUCGUCCUUGCCCCGCUACUACUAUACCCGAUGUGGCGACUGCGUCGUCGACUCGCCCUAACACUAGCCGGAUCGGUGGCACUCGCCUCCGUGGUAAUUCCAUUCUGUGUAACAUACUUUGGCCAGCUGGAUCCGUCUCUAAUGUAUUACCCGGAUGAAUUGAUCGACAUCCAAGCAAACAGUUAUUACGCUGGUGCUUAUGUCAAAACUCACAUGCGAGCGACGGCCUACGUUUUCGGAAUCAUCGCCGGUUAUCUUGUUCACCUCAUGCAGGAGAAAAACCUAUCAAUCGGCAGAUACAAAGUGGCCCUUUGUUGGAUCAUUUCGACCAUAAUCGGAACGGCAUCGAUGUUUGGGGUGUCAAUUUUCUACAAUUCGACCGGUACGAAGGACUACCUAUACAAUGCUCUGUACGCAGCGUUGCACCGAUUCGGUUGGAGUCUGUCCAACGGGUGGCUGGUGGUGGCGUGUGUGACCGGUAAUGCCGGUCCCCUGAAGAGGUUCCUCUCGUCCCGGGUGCUGGUUCCGAUCAGUCGGUUAACCUACUGUGCCUAUCUUACCAACGGGCUAGUCGAGUUGUACAUUAGUGCGUCGCAGCGGACCGCGCAGCAUUCUAGCGUGAUCGGAUUGACGGCCGUCACCCUAUCGCACGUGGUUCUUACCUUCCUGACGGCGCUCGGGCUCUGCCUGAUGUUCGAAUCCCCGAUCCAUGGCCUCGAGAAGAUCCUGCUGCGAAGACGGCAGCGAUGUCCAGGCGGCAGCUUACCACCGCAGCACCACCGGCACGGCAAGGUGUCGACAACGGGGAGUGACAGCACGGCCAACACGCACAGCACUUCGGACGAUUCGAGCGCGUGACCAGCGGACAUUUCUUUUCUCUGUUAAUAAGUUAGAGUGUUAGGUUUCGUUUUUGUGUGUAGUUUUAAUUCGUUCGAUGACUAUGUCGCUGCAGGCGUGUGCACACGAGGCAGGGUUGAACUUCUUUUUUUUGUUCUUGCUCACUAAGAAUAGCGCGGUACGUGUAAAUACGAGUAGCACGCCGACCCCCUGUUUCCCCUUUUUCGUACCGGAUAAGGCUAAUAGAGACAAUUUACUUACCAACACAACUUAAAACAUAAAACUGUUGUCUUUUUCUUGAGCGUUGGAUGCAUCAACCAAAGCUUAGUCAUCCUGUAGAUCCCAAGUGCGCCAUUGGCGACGCCUCGUCGUCGGUGGAGGACUGUAUGAGCGGCUCGAGGUGAAACGGAACGAUGCCGUUGCUGUGGUUUUCGGGGAUGGUUUCGAUUCCGGCUGCUCCGAUUUCGGCGGUGAUGGCGAUGCUUUAGCUUGUGCUCCUCCGCUUGUUGGUCUUCUGAUAACUUCCCUCUCUUCAUCGAUUUCCUCAUCGCCUUCUUCCUCUUCAUCUUCCUCUUCCUCCUCCUCUUCCUCUUCCUCCACAGUGGCCUCUUCUUCCUGUUCCUCGAUUGGUGGUUCGGGUGUUUUGGCUUUGAAGACCGGCUUUGGGGCAUCGCUGGGAUUUGGUUGAUAAGGGCUUUGUUUACCAUUUUUUGUUAUACUUCUCACUCUAAAAGCUAAAGCGUUAAUGGAAGACCUCGAUAGUCGAGCGAAAAAGAUAGAUAGAGGAAAAGAGCGUCCUAGUAGCUGUUUUGGGGAAGGUCCUCAACAAGGGAAAGUAGGCGUUCUGCUUAAAACGGCUCAAGCCACUUUUUAUUAACUAAGCCUAACAGAUAAUGGAUAAAAGUCGGGGUAAAAGCAACACUCACCUCUCCUCUUCGUCAUCCCAGAACCCUUUGGUAGGUGUGAAUGGCUUCGGUUCCGGCUCCGGUGUGGUUUUCCGCUUCCAUACGGGUCGCACAAAGUCGUCAUCGUCCGUGCGCUCGUCAAAGGGACUAACGAAAUCAUCCU